AUGGGUGACUCAGCACAGGAAAACUUUCAAGGCCAGGCCUACCAACCGCAAGAGGAGGUAUUUUUCGACGACGGUAGAGAAACAGAGCUCCUUCAUUUUGUCACCAACCAUGACAAAAUCGAUCAGAUCCGCGGUAACCCGCAGAAGGUGCUAGACGCCAUCGACGAAUUCGGGAGAACGCAAAAAUAUCUCAUGAACAUUGGCGAGUACAAGUCCAAGACCGUCGUCGAUCUGAUCAAGAAGGAGAAGCCCGAGGUGAUGGUUGAGCUGGGAGGAUACGUUGGGUACUCAGCUAUCGCCUUUGCUGCCGCCCAGAGAGCAGCUGGCGGCAAGCAGUACUUCAGUUUGGAGAAGAAUCCCGAGUUUGGGGGUGUCAUUGAGAAGCUCGUCGUGCUCGCGGGACUCAGUGAUAUCGUCAAGGUGGUCGUUGGGCCCAGCUCGGAUUCCAUACGCCACCUGUUCACCCAGGGCAAACUGCAGCAGAUCGACCUACUGUUUCUUGACCAUUAUAAGCCCGCGUAUACGGCAGACUUGAAGCUGUGCGAAGAGCUUGGAUUGGUUGGACCAGGCUCCGUUUAUGCUGCGGACAAUGUCAUAAAGCCAGGCAAUCCUCCAUAUCUGGAGUAUGUCAGGAGCACUGUCGACCAGAAGCGAGAACAGUACCGCAAGCCCACUGAGGAGGGACCGAAGGGAAACCCCAAUCUGGUGUACGAAAGCAAGCUAGUGAAAGGCUGGGAGCCCAGUGGUGUACCUGUAAGCUGA